AUGGACGACUUCAACCUAACACCAUGGACCUUCCAGCCCGCCUCCUUCGACUUCGUACACCUGCGGUAUCUCUGCGGGGCAGUCCUAGACUGGGACGCAGUAUACGCCGAAGCAUUCCGGGCAGUGCGUCCCGGUACCGGCUGGGUCGAAGCUCUAGAACCCGCUCUGCGCAUCCGCAGCGACGACGGCACUGUCUGCGAAGGCGACGGCUCGGCACUUGCAGCUUGGGGACCUCUUUUCGAGGAAGGUGCCAGGAGGUACGAAAGCAAAACUAGGGUCCCGGGGAGUACGAACCGGGGGCCCUCGAGGCCGAUGAAUAUCGUCGAAGACGGGACGAUGGAGCGCGCGUUUCGGGGCGCGGGGUUCGUCGAUAUCGUUACGCAUACGAUUAAGUGUCCGCUUACGCCGAUUUCGAAUGAUCCGCAUCUGAGAGAGGUAGGGCUGUAUGCGCAUGCUACGAUGGAGGAGGGCAUGGAGGGUUUUCUACUUUAUCUCUUCACGCAAGGUCUGGGCUGGACCCACGAGCAAGUCAUACUCUAUCUAAGCCGCAUACGCAAGGAGCUGCGCGACAGGCGGAAAUCGCCAUAUUCACUAGUUAAGGUGAUAUACGGCCGGAGGCCCGAGAGUAGUUAA